GGCAGCAGCGUCCGUCGGCGCGCGCCACCCUCCUGCGCCCUUGCCAACCAUGGGGCCAACUCGCAACUCUUAAGGCUCAGCCUCGGGCCAAGGGAAAUCAGAGAAGCUGCGAGCAGAAGCCAAGAUGAGUUUCCGCAAGGAGGACGGGGUGAGCAGCCUGUGCCAGAAGGCGCUGCACAUCAUCACCGAGCUGUGCUUCGCGGGCCAGGUGGAGUGGGACAAGUGUUCGGGCAUCUUUCCAGCCGAUAGGAGCGGCCAGGGCGGAGGUGGCACAGACAUUUCAGUCAGCCUGUUAGCAGUUGUUGUAAGCUUCUGUGGCCUGGCCCUGCUGGUUGUCUCCCUUUUCGUCUUCUGGAAGUUGUGCUGGCCCUGCUGGAAGAGCAAGCUCGUGGCCCCCAAUGUCAGUACCCUUCCGCAGAGCAUCUCAAGUGCUCCAACUGAGGUUUUUGAGACCGAAGAGAAAAAAGAAGUCGAAGAAAAUGAAAAGCCAGCACCAAAAGCUAUUGAGCCUGCAAUAAAAAUCAGCCACACAUCCCCCGACAUCCCAGCAGAAGUGCAAACUGCUUUAAAGGAGCAUUUAAUUAAACAUGCCCGUGUGCAGAGGCAAACGACCGAUCCUACAUCUUCAUCCCGCCACAAUUCCUUCAGGAGGCACCUACCAAGGCAAAUGAACGUCUCCAGUGUUGACUUUAGCAUGGGCACGGAACCUGUCUUACAAAGAGGAGAAACGAGAACCAGCAUCGGGAGGAUAAAACCGGAACUCUAUAAGCAGAAAUCAGUUGACUCCGAGGGCAACAGAAAGGACGACGUCAAAACCUGUGGGAAACUUAACUUUGCGCUCCAGUACGAUUAUGAAAACGAACUCCUAGUUGUUAAAAUUAUCAAAGCUCUAGAUCUCCCAGCUAAAGAUUUCACAGGAACUUCUGAUCCUUACGUGAAGAUCUAUCUUCUUCCGGACAGGAAGAAGAAAUUUCAGACCCGUGUACACCGCAAGACUUUAAACCCUCUGUUCGAUGAGCUGUUUCAGUUCCCGGUGGUUUACGAUCAACUAAGCAACCGCAAACUACACUUUAGUAUAUAUGAUUUUGACAGAUUUUCCAGACACGACAUGAUUGGGGAAGUGAUUCUUGAUAAUUUAUUUGAAGUCUCUGAUCUCUCCAGGGAAGCCACAGUAUGGAAAGAUAUCCACUGUGCAACCACAGAAAGCAUAGACCUGGGCGAAAUCAUGUUUUCCCUUUGCUAUUUGCCAACUGCUGGUCGCAUGACCUUGACUGUGAUCAAGUGCAGAAAUCUGAAGGCAAUGGACAUUACCGGAUCAUCAGAUCCAUAUGUCAAAGUGUCUCUGAUGUGUGAGGGCCGGAGACUUAAAAAAAGAAAAACAACCACAAAGAAAAACACUCUCAACCCCGUGUACAAUGAAGCCAUUAUUUUCGAUAUCCCUCCAGAAAAUGUGGACCAGGUCAGCCUGUGCAUUGCGGUCAUGGAUUACGACAGGGUGGGACACAAUGAGGUCAUAGGUGUGUGUCGAACUGGCCUAGACGCUGAGGGUCUUGGGAGAGACCAUUGGAAUGAAAUGCUGGCCUAUCACCGAAAGCCAAUCACACACUGGCACCCCUUGCUGGAGUUACCUGGCCGAGCAACCAGCUUUGACAGUCAAGGAUCCUGCUCUUCUCCCAGGCCACCGUCCACACCAUAAAAGCCUCCAAAUAAGACCACAUCACAGAAAGACCUAGAAUCAUGGGCUCAUUGAAUCAGAAACACAUACACACAGAAAACACACAUGCACAGAACAUUUGGCUUCUUCAUUUAAAAUAGACCCAUGAUAAUUAAUAACUUGAUGCAUAAUUUCUUUUGGCUUAUUUGUUUUUAACUUUGAGCAUAUUAAUACAUUCUACUUGAGUACUAAUAGUCCUUAGUUACAUAUGGCGUUUAACUUACAUGUCUUCUCUCUAUUAGCACAGUGUUUUAACAUGUUGUAAUUCUUUGCCUAAGCAACAAAAUAAGAUUUUUGAGAAGAGAAUCCACAUGUAUGUAAAAUUAAAUAUAGUUUAUGCCUGUGUUGUGUGAAAUAGUGUAACGUGUCAUCUCCAAUCGUAUAUACAUUUCUAUCUGAACUUUAAUGUGCAUACUUAAAUCAGUUCAACAGAAUCAACUCCUUCAAAUACUAAUUAACAUCACGUGUCCGAUAAUAGUUUUUCUUCCAUGAUCAGCAUUUCUGUCAUCGAGGUAUGUCUCUCAAGCUUCUGUUUUAGGGACACUCAGCUAAGCUGCAAAAUGAAGAAUCAUUUUAAAUAUAACUGUACAACGUGACAUUGAGUGCCUGGUAAACGACGCUAUCAGCUUCCAGUGUCUUACCAUUGCAUUAGUUAGACACUGUACUGCUGACGGAUAGUUUUAAAACUCCUAGUAAUCUUCACCUCCAGUGCAGCUUGAGGUAUUCCUAAGUGGCUACAGUCGUAAGUUUGUCUUUCAAGGUUCUCUAGUACUGUGGUGUGUCUGUCCUGUAACUUGGAGCUGUCCUGCGGCUCCCGUGCUUUUGAUGGAUCACAUUUCAUAGAAACCAAAGGUCCAGUGAAGCUCUCUGUGCCCAUUGUCCUUUAGAUGGACAGGCGUUGACUCCUCCCACCCAGAGGCUCAUCACUCAUCGCUAGAGCUAGACAGACUCUCAAGGACAAAACUUAGAUGCAUGCUAUAAACAGUGCAGCUUUCACGCUUAAUAAAAAUAAAUACAUUUCAAAGGUCCAGACAGUCAGCUCUUUAAUGAAAGGAAGGAUUAAUGAUCAGACCAUUAGAGGUUAAAGAAAAAACCCAACUAUGCAGAUGCUUUUUCUUUUUACAAGAUAGAACGGUCUUUGAAAUCAGGGCAGCUUUUUGCUGUCUCAUUUUAAGACGCUAUCAGAAGGAGCCUAAGCAGAAUUAUAAUAACCUUGCUUUCCAGGUGUGCAUAUUUAAAGCUUAUUCCACAAUAAGGUUUCUAAAAGGGAAGAAAAUUUAUAUUUGAAUUUUUAAAACAAGUUCGUUAGGAUGAGAAAGUUUU